AUGGAGGACAACAUGGCCAGGACAGAUCUUGGGCCACAUGCCAGUUUUGGAGGUGGAGGUGACAGACAUAAACCGAGGCAACCAACACCGUACGUUGUACUUUCAAAGUAUACAACUCUAUAUUAAUGUUAGUGAAGUCAUUUCACUAAUACUCAAGUUUCUUACUGUAUUAUAACUGUUUGUUUACAGACAUCGACCGGUAAUUUUAGUGCACGGAAUCACCAACACGGCUUCUAACUUUGCGAAGAUACGAGAGUUCUUCAAUACCCAUGGUUACCGUGACUUCGAGGUAUAUGCAACAACGUACGGCGACGGAGGAAAGACUAAUGCUAUCAUGUUCACCAUGAAUUGUCAUUACAUGAAAAUUGUAAGUUGCCCAUGUUACACAUAGUAACAGGGAUAACAAUCUAAAUACUUGAUAGUACGUAUUAUCCUACUAAUUAAGAUAUAUUAUACUUAUCCAAUGUACAGAAUAAGAACGUAACUAUGUAAUUACAGUUGCGGUCUUUCAUCCAAGUGGUAGCCGACUACACAAGUUCUAAGGUCAACAUCAUCGGCUACUCAAUGGGGUCUCCCGUAGCCAGGAAGGCCAUCAUGGGUGGCGUUUGUGUAGAUACAGGAGAACAACUCGGACCCCCCUUGACCCAUCUUGUCCAUACAUUUGUGUCAGUUGCUGGUGCUAACUUUGGGUCAUUUCUUUGUGUUCUGCCUUUUGGAAGUUGCAAUAUGAACAACGGACUCGGAUGUGGCUCUAGCUUCUUGAACGACAUCAAUUCAAGGUAAUAACCUGGUUUAAAUAUCACUUAAAAUUAAAAUCAGGCUAUUUAUCCUGCAAUCAGAAACAUUGUAACAGUAAAGAAACGUACUAUAAAGCAAACUAUGUUAUGUUACAGAGGAAGAUACGAGGGACAAAGAGUGUUUUCAAUAUAUUCAACUGGAGAUGACAAAGUAGGAUAUCAAGCAUGUGGUACGAUAACCAGCAACGUUCCAGGUCAAGACGCCGCUUUUCCCGUAAGAAUUAAUUUUUACUACAGUUUUAAAUAGCUUUAAUUGUCAAAAAAUAUUAUCAAAAAUUAAAUAAAUAUACACAAUUCAAUCUUCAGCUCAACGAAAUGAAUCACGACCAAGUUAUGUUGAACACAGCCCAACUACAGUACAAUCUGGUUACUUUUGGCCGUCCAGCGUAG